UUUCUUGUCUUUUGUCUAUGUUGUUUACUUUAGUGUAUGGAUAGUAAGUAUCCAUCUGUAUAUCAUUUUGUCAUUGUGAAGUUAAUCAGUUAAAUUAUUGAUGAUUAUAGUCUAUAGACAUUCAAAUUUGCUUUCUUUAAACUAAUACUAUUGACCAAGACCAAUUUUAAUAUAUGUUGUUGACAAAUUUGCUAAACACCAUAAGGAAUUAGAUAAAUUAAUAUAAAAGGAAUGAGACCCAACCUUCACAAGCACCAAGGGAAUGCAUAGCACAAAAGUUUGUCCAAGGACCCCCCUAAACUACUAAAGUCAAGCUCUCACAUGGCCUUUACAUCAUACCUACACACUGAAUACAGUUAAACUUUUUUUUUUCCUUUUUUUAAUGAGGUAGACUUGAGCUUUGAAAGUAUGUGAUCCUUAAUGUAUUGGAAGUCAUCAUAUGCAACAUAGUUCUUGCCAACCAAGAUGAAAAAUCAAAGUCAACAAUGUUUUCAUGGGAAUUAUAGUGGCUUCUGUUAGAGCUAACAUUGAAAAGCUACAUUGCAGCAGUACUUGUAUGCAAAGAUAUUAGAAGACCACUUUUUUAAUCAUGGAGUUUAAGACACAAAACAUGUCUUGUUGUUUUCUUGUUAUAAGUUUCAGCAGUAGGUGCGGUUUUGGUGUUCUUUUUGGAAAGAAGCUCAACAAUAUAUUGCUCCAUUUUCAACUCCUACACCUACCUCAAUCCAGGGCAGUUGAGUUCUUUCUUUGUCUCUUUAGCAACUUUCCUCUCUCCAAUCACAUUCAUUUCUCCACCAUUAUCGUUCUCACCAUAUAAUUUUUCUCAUUUUUGUUGCAUUUAGUUCUCAAAAGUUUUCAUAAAUAUUUCUCAAAGUAAGACAAUCCCAUAUCAAGUACCACUCUAGUGAGUUAGAUAGAUAGAUACAGAGAGACAGAGACCUAAGUAUCUGUAUGCAGUCAAUCAAGCUUCAAAAGAUCUUUUGCAAUAACAAAUCUUCUGUCAUGUUAGGCAUUGUCAGAAGAAAAAUUAAGCUUCUCUGCUCUAGGAUUCGGCGGCUAUUAUGGGGGCGGCCGAGGCCUAAAGUUGUCAUCAAGAGGCUUGGAAAGUGGAACUUAGAAGGUCAACCUAAAAGAAACAACAAUGCCAAAGUUGUUAAAAAUUUUCAACUGGGGUUGGGCCAUUCUUUCUCAAAAAGACCAAUACGCAUAGCCACAUUCAAUGUUGCUAUGUUUUCUCUUGCACCUGCAAUUUCAAAGGCUGAUAACUUAUCAGCCACUAAUAAUCAUGAACAUGAUGAUUACACCUUAAGGAACUCAUCAAUGAUUGGUAUGCAGGCCAAGUCUGCAAAUGAUCCUCCAAAGAGCAUACUAAAAUCGCCACUGAGCACCACACCGGCUAGUCCUGAAUGUCUUUCUAAGCAAAGAAAUCACAGUAGAUCAAACUUGAAAGUCUCCAUCAACCUCCCUGAUAAUGAGAUUACAUUGGCAAACAAUAAGCUGCUUACUCUCAUGGAAGCUGACAAGGAAUUUUCCUCAAACACUAGUACGAAUGGCCAUGUUCGUAGGAGCUCGGUUCCAGUGAGAUCACCUCUAUGCUUUCCUGCCAGUAUGGCCUCACAUUGCAUGAACUGGUGCAAUGAUAUUAAUGGACUCCAAAGCAGCAGAAGCAUAUUGGAAGUGCUGAGAGAAGUUGAUGCAGAUAUAUUGGCUCUUCAAGAUGUAAAAGCUGAGGAAGAGAAAGGUAUGAAACCUCUUUCUGAUUUGGCUGCAGCUUUGGGGAUGAAAUAUGUCUUUGCUGAGAGCUGGGCUCCUGAGUAUGGCAAUGCCAUAUUAUCCAAAUGGCCAAUUAAAAGAUGGAAGGUUCAGAAGAUUGCUAAUAGUGAUGAUUUCAGGAACGUUCUCAAGGCGACAAUCAACGUGCCAUGGGCUGGUGAAGUGAACUUUUACUGCACCCAACUUGAUCAUCUGGAUGAAAACUGGAGGAUGAAACAGAUAGGAGCUCUUUUUCAAGCAAAUGAUCCUCCACAUAUCUUGGCAGGAGGAUUAAAUUCUCUGAGUGGAUCAGAUUACUCCUCAGAGAGAUGGACAGACAUAGUUAAGUACUAUGAGGACAUGGGAAAGCCAACACCAAAGGUAGAAGUAAUGAAGUUUCUAAAGGGAAAAGGGUAUACAGAUGCAAAAGACUAUGCAGGGGAAUGUGAACCAGUGGUCAUCAUUGCCAAAGGCCAAAAUGUACAAGGCACAUGUAAGUAUGGGACAAGGGUUGAUUAUGUUAUGUCAUCUUCAGAAUCUCCAUACAAGUACAUCCCUGGAUCUUACUCUGUGGUUUCAUCAAAGGGUACUUCUGAUCAUCACUUGGUUAAGGUAGACAUUGUAAAAGAAAGCAAGUCAUGUGUUGAGGAGAAUAUCAUUAAACGACAACACAAGUUAAUUCAGAAGCUGGUAAGUGUCACAAGAAGUAGUUGUUCUUCAAAAGGUUUGUGGAGAAUAUAGGCACAUAAUUUUUAGUGUCUUCUUUUCCAUGUUUGGACUUCAAACAAUUAUCUCUCUAUGCCCAUGGAAAGUAGACUUAGAAAAUAAAUUGUUAUAAAUAUAUAUAGGUAAAUGCAAUCAAUUUUGUCUCUUUUUUAAAAGAAGAAAUUGAAUGUAUCCAUUAGAUGCUUCCAAUUUUAAUGUAGUAUAAAUUUAGUUUGAUAUACUUCUAAUAAUUAAAAAACCUUUAAAGAAACUUAAUUAUUUGAUCUAA